UCAGAAGGUGUCAUGUCGGUGGUGCUGGCCGGUUCUAGCCCUCUUCCUGGUCAAGCUGGCCUGUUGGGUUCCAGCUUCGCAAGCUAACAGUUAGCGAACCAACACUCACGUCGUCCUUGUAAACACGUUAGGCUGGAUGUUGGUUGUUAGUGUCAGUUAGAUUCUAGUAGACGUCGUGAGCGUGUGUUCACGCUUAUCAAACUAUUAAAAGCCGAGUAAUAGAACGUCUAUUACAGCUUAGUAGCCUGUCAGCGAAGGGUAGCUGUUUUAAACCCCUCGUUUAAGGCGUCAUUCUGGGAGGUCACCUGUUCAUUCAGGAACUGCCAUUCACACAUUUCCACUACACACAUUUAUACCUGGAAGCAGCCUAGCACACACUCAGAAUGGCCCGCGGUCGUUGAGCAGCUCCGCUUUGCUCAAGGGCACCACAGUGGCGUUGAAGAGGAAUGGGACAGGUGCUGCCCUGUCACUUGGCCUGCCCAGAUUUAUCCUGGUGGUCUGGGAUUGAACCUGUCGCCUUCUGGUCUAUAAGCCUUCAGCAACAACUGGUUUAUUUGUUAAAAAGCUUGGCUAAAAGCAAAGACUUGUGGCUCCUGAGUGUUUUUUUUAUUGUUCAUGCCUAUGUUGCUGUCGACCGUGCUGUCAGCUGCUAUAUCAGUAAGCUGUAACACCAAGUGGUUGUCUUUGCAGCUAGCUGUCAAACCGGCGUGCGGCUUUAGCAGCUCAGUAACAAGGCGGGGGGGGAGUUUAGACGGAUUGUUGUCAUACAAUACACUCAGACCGUGCGACUGUCCAAGUCAAUCAUGGAAUGCCUCAAGUGGACCGCAGAGUGACCACGAACCUCAUGCAACGCGCGCUAGAAGCUGCGGCCCAUAGUGUUAGAGCGUGAGCUGUGAUGCAUGUUUAAAGGGCAACUUCAGAGGUCGGCGAUACAAAUGUUUAAUUUGCUACGACUACGAUCUGUGUGCAUCGUGCUACGAGAGCGGUGCCACCACAACCAGACACACCACAGAGCAUCCAAUGCAGUGUAUAUUAACCCGGGUUGACUUUGACCUGUACUAUGGCGGAGAAGCGUUCUCAGUGGAGCAGCCUCAGGCCUUCACAUGUCCCUACUGUGGGAGGAUGGGCUACACGGAGAUCUCCUUGCAGGAGCACGUGGCUGCAGAGCACACAGAAACCUCUACAGAAGUGAUCUGCCCCAUAUGUGCGGCUCUGCCAGGUGGUGACCCAAAUCACGUGACGGACGACUUUGCUGCUCAUCUCACACUUGAACACAGAGCACCCAGAGACUUGGAUGAGUCCAGUGGGGUGCGACAUGUGAGGAGGAUGUUUCACCCUGGGCGAGGACUGGGGGGCCCACGAGCCCGUAGGUCUAACAUGCACUUCACCAGCAGCACCACUGGGGGGCUCUCCACCAGUCAGAGCUCUUCGCAGAGCUCCAAUUACAGCAGAGAGGCCAUGGACCCUAUAGCAGAGCUUCUGUCCCAGUUGUCAGGCGUUCGGCGUUCAGCGGGCGGCCCACUCAGCUCAGGCCCCUCGGCCUCGCAGCUCCAACAGCUUCAGAUGCAACUCCAGCUGGAGCGCCAGCAGGCCCAGGCAGCACGUCAGCAGCUAGAGACGGCCCGGAAUACCACCCGGGGCGGUGGCCGAGCCAACGCCAUCCUCAAUACAAAUUCAUCUGCCGCAAACCCAAACCCCAGCGCCAACCACACCACCAACCCCAGCCCAAACUCGGGUCCCCCCGAGUCCAACACACAGCACACUGCACACAGCUCCCAGUUUCUACUGAGCAGGCUGAGCGAACCGCGGCUGUCUGAGGCCGAGCGGCAGGCGUGCGAGGCCCAGUGGGCCGACCGGAGCCUAUUUGUGACGGAGCUGCUGCUGUCCACGCUGCUGCCCGACGAGGACGCGUCGGCUUCCUCCUCCGAGGACGAGGACGACUGUCACGGCUCUUUGCGGAAUUUCGCCGACUUCGAGGCCAUGGGCUGUGUUGAGGUGAUGACCUUGGACGUGGCACUGGAGAACCUCAACCUUAAGGAGACGACCCCGGCUACAAAGACGCCGAAAGCCACGACUAAACCGGCGCCGACGAAGAAAGAGCCUCCGGCGCCGCCCCUUUGAUGACAUGGCCACUCCUUCCCUUCAAACCACCAUUGUAACCGGCUGAUGCCAAGUCAGUCCAACUGCCAAUGGAUGACAAAAAACUGCAGUUCUUCUUGGCUUUGUUUUAUUUUUUUGUUUCUCAGUGAUUGUCAUUUCAGCUUUGUCGCUCCCCACUCGACCCAUGUUUAUUACGUUGUGUACAUUGAAUAAAAGUAGUGAGACGAGAGAAUGUGAAAGCAAGCGUGGUGGGUGCGUGAGAGAAAGAAAAUAACUAUAUAAAUAUAUUAUGGAAAAAUCUAUAUGAAAGUUGAUAAUCAAGUCCUCAUAAUAACCUGUGUUUCCUCUAGCAGACGAGUAAAGCGUAGUUAACCGCUCGAGAUGGACAUGUCACACACUCACCCAGGGAGAGGAAGCAGACGGAAACCUCUCUGACAAAACGCUGCUGUGUAUUUAUAGUUAUUAAUUAAGAAGUGCUUGGAUGGUUUACCACAACUUAAGCAUGAGCUUAAAUCACCAUGUGCCCAUUUUUAACUGCACAGUCACGAGGCGGGGAGGUCUUUCUCUGUUGUUCACCUGAGUAGCUGUAAAUUAACUGCCGGCAUUUCACUGGCAUUUCUGCAACACACACGAGCAAAUAGACUGAUGGCUGCAUUGGGUUACGUUCGUGUCCAGUCUCAACCCCCUCCCCUUUGUGUGAUAUCACCUGUUUUGGGUCACAUGACCUUGCUUUAUAUUGACUGAGCACUUUGGUUUUUGAAUUGCAUAUCCAGUGUCCAUUUAUGUACACUACAGAAUCUCUAGAUUAAAGGCGAGACACAACUCGGAGGCGCGCGGAGGUGAAUCUGUUCCUUCGCUGUGACCAUUUUCAGGAGCGAACACAACCUUGGUCUUUUUAUGGUUGUUUCUUUAUCCUCUUUUGUGAAAAUAAACAGAUGCUACUUUCUCAAGCUUCCCAUCAUCUGAAAUUAAUCUCUCCAUUACUCAUGAAUGCGGAUUACUCGUCAUGUGACUUGAAGGACAGAAUCCUGUAUUGCUCUUUCCAUUACUUUUUCUCAGUCAGAAAAACAAGUCUUUCUAUGCCUCCACUGCUACUUGUAAUGUAUGUUUUUGGUUCAGCAAAGAAGCCAAACCACAGGGUAAACUUUCAGUUUGGAGGACAAUAAAAAUGUUUUGGAUGGAAAUGAA